CGCAUGGCUGAGAGCAAAGGCGUGGCUGGCGAGGUGUGGUGUGGCUUGUGCGGGGGAAAGGGAGGAGAAGAAGAAGGUAGGAGAACGACAAGGUGAGAUAUGAGUCACGCCCAGGUGUGAUCAGCCAUAGUAUAUUACAGGACAGAGACACCAUGGCCACGGCUUUGUGCACAUAGCAAAACCCACAUCGUCCAGCUUCUCGUGUCUGGCCAUGCUCAUCCGCCAGGCCCUUCCCGAAGAAGGGGAAGAGCUCUUCGACUUCUACUUCCCCGCCGUCGUUGCCCUCGGCCGCACCUUUCCCACACCCACUGCACUGAAUGGCACCUGCAAGGCCGAAGCGUACCUUCGAGAGAUGCGUCUACAGAGGAUCACCUCUCCCACAAUCUACUCUAUCAUCGCCUUUGAUGAUCCGGAGGAAGAGGGAGGCAAGAGAGGCAAGAUCAUCGGGUUGUUGGAGUUCGGACCGCCCAGUGGUUACUCGCCAUUAGGUAAGAUCUGCCCGUGGGAGAUCCUGUGUCUGUACACGUCUGGUCGAGGGAAGGGGAUAGCUCUACCUUUGAUCAAGUAUGCCCUGCAGCUCGCUAGGAGCGAAGGCAAGCUCGUCAAGCCCCCAAAGGAGAGGCGGCGACUUGGGGUGGGUGCAGGUGGAGAGGCGAUGGUUACAGCAAAUGAUUCUGCUGCACCUGCCAGUGACGGCGUGGAUCAGGCGCCAGCACAGGCCGUAUUGGGAGUCGCCACACAUAUUGACAAUGUGGGUGGACGAGCAUUCUACACUAAGAUUGGCGGCAAGCGAACACCGGGCGUUUACGAUAUCAUCGUGAGUACUCAAGCGCUGGCGAGCCUGUAAUGAGCGUCGAAGAGCGAAGCUGAUCGUUGUUCCCUGAAACUCCUUCGGACUUGAUUGCUGAAUAGAUUGGCGGCGAGCUGUUGCCUAAUGUUGGCUUCGUCUGGGAUUGGGAGGGCGUAGAGAGACUGUUGGCGUGAACAUGCAUUGCUGCACAGAAGAGAGCCACUGAUUAGAGUAGACUUGACGGCGCUACACGCGUACUGCACCCGUCAGCACCCUUAGCGCAUAGAAGAACCGAAUGCCUGCCAUACCACGGGAGUCUGAAUCCGUACGAGUCGUGCGACGCUGUAGCUCGGGCUUGUUGUGACUAGUCUAUGCUCCGGGCCUCUGAGUGUUCAUGGUC